AUGCUAACAACAAAAGCAGAGGAAUUUGCAAAAAGAUUAGACCACCCAGAAAUUAAAUGCAGCAAUGGUUGGCUUGAUCGUUUUAAAGAUCGCCACAACAUCACAUUUAAAAAAAUUUGUGGAGAGGCAACAUCUGUUGAUGUUAACAGUGAAGCUAUGAACGAUUGGGUAACAGAACUGAAAGGCAUAAUGACUGACUUUACACCAGAUAACAUUUUUAAUGCUGACGAGACUGGGCUAUUUUAUAAAUUGUUGCCAGAAAAAACUUUAGAGUUCAAAGGUGUAGAUUGCAGUGGUGGUAAACGAAGUAAAGAGAGAUUAACUGUUAUGGUGUGUACAAACAUGUCUGGUUCCGAGAAAGUCGAAAUACUAGUCAUUGGUAAAUCAGUUAACCCAAGGUGCUUUAAGAAUGUCAAAACGCUACCAACACAGUAUGAGGCAAAUAAAAAAGCAUGGAUGACAUCAGAAAUCUUUACCAACUGGUUAAUAAAGCUUGACAAGAAAUUUUUACGGCAGCAACGUAAAGUAGCAAUGAUAGUUGACAACUGCCCUGCUCAUCCUCACGUUAAAGGCUUGAAAAAUAUUAAGCUGGUUUUCUUGCCACCUAAUACAACCAGUAAGACACAACCCUGUGACCAAGGUAUCAUUCAGAAUUUAAAAGUUCACUACCGCAAAAGGGUCCUAAUGAAACAGAUUGCAUGUGCCGAGAGUAAAACAGAGUUCAGUCUAACUGUCCUAGAUGCACUCCGAUUUCUUCAACGAGCUUGGUUCUCAGUCACAGCCACCACAAUAAGCAACUGCUUUAGACAUGCAGGUUUCAGUGUUGACAUUGAGUCCAGAGUAAGUGACCAACAAGAUGAAGAAGAUGACGACGACGAUGAUAUUCCACUAGCCCGUCUUGCAGGAAUUAAUUUCACAGAAUACGCCAACAUCGACAAUGAUAUUCCAACCACUGAGCCACUAACAGACGACGAUAUUAUCAACGAGAUAACUUCGAAGAAUAUUCAUUCUGAUUACCAAUCAUAUAAGAGAGAAAUUACAUCAUGA